AUGCAGCAAUCUCUAGGCUUGUUUUUUAAAAACACUUUACUUACUGGAGGAGGAGGUGUUCGGGGGUUCUUAGGACAACGUGGGUUGACACCUUUUGUAGAUGGCCGUGUUAGAGGUUCUAAUGUUUCGACCUUUUCUGGCGGAGGCCCAACAAAUGUUUUGGAUUCUCGUGUUUACCACCAUGGAGGCGCUUUUUCUGGACAUCUUCGAUUUGGCUGUAUGCAAUUAUCUUUUCCGCUCGUAUCCGGACGUGGAGUUCAUACUGGUGGAGAUUUGACUGUUUCGACCGUUGCUGCGAGAGGCUCUUCGAAUGUUUUGAAAGUGUAUAGUCAUCCAAAUCAAUUUAUUAAAAAGGCUGAGAAAUAUCAACGUGAUGGGGAUUAUGUUCGUUCAUCCAAGAAUUGCUGGAAGGCUUACGCCAUGGUUGUCAAGCUUCUUUACAAAGAUCUCAAAAUUAAUAUACAGUCACAUGAUACUUUUCAUGAAUUGUCCUCAUUUGCAAUUGAUUUUAUUGGUUCUGGUCCAGAUGCAGUUAUACUUGGGUAUAAUAAUGCCAUGAUGGAAGAGGCUCGCGAAAACAAAGGAGAAGCGACAUAUGAUGAUAUUCAAGAUUUUAUUGAAGGCGCAGAGAAGUUUGUUGAGCUUUUUGUGAAAAUUGACGAGAAACGUGUUUGGAAUGGACUUGCUCCCUAUCUUCCAACACAACCAGGACCUGAACAUGCAAUAAUUUUUAAUGGAGUCAAAUUUGAGAUGAGAAAGCAUUCUGACGCCAUUUUUGGAAAAUGGUUCAAUUUUCUUUAUGAAGCAUCUGACCCGGAAAAGAAAAUGGAUCCUCAUGUUUACCAUCAUGCAGGUUCUUUCGAAAACUAUAAUCAAGGCUCCUCAACUUUGCCUCAAUUUCAACAAUAUGCUUCUUUUUCGCCAUUACCUAUUAGACAUUUAAAUAUUAAUGGAAAGGAUUGCACUAUUUUUUGCGAUGAUAAUCAAUACCGAGUGUUGUGUGAUAAAUUGAAUAUCACGUUUGUUUCUGAAACUCCAAAGAAAGUGUAUAGUCAUCCAAGUCAAUUUAUUAAAAAGGCGGAGGAAUAUAAACGUUCUACAGAUUGUAUCCGUUCAUCCAAGAAUUGCUGGAAGGCCUACGCCCUGGUUGUCAAGCUUCUUUACAAAGAUCUCAAAAUUAAUGUACAUCCACAUGAUACUUUAUAUAAAUUGAGUUUAUUUGCUGCAGAUUGUUCACCUGACGCAGCUUUACUUGGUUAUAUUACUGAAAUGAUGAAUGAGGCUCGCGAAAACAAGGGAGAAGCGACAUAUGAUGAUAUUGAUGAGUAUAUUGAGGGCGCAGAGAAGUUUGUUGAGCUUUUUGGGAAAAUUGACGAGAAACGUGUUUGGAAUGGACUUGCUCCCUAUCUUCCAACACAACCAGGACCUGAACAUGCAAUAAUUUUUAAUGGAGUCAAAUUUGAGAUGAGAAAGCAUUCUGACGCCAUUUUUGGAGAAUGGUUCAAUUUUCUUUAUGAAGCAUCUGACCCGGAAAAUGAAGAAUAA